AUGCUCUUAGAAAAAGUAGUGGGGGCAAUAGGCCAGUUGGAAAAGGUCAUUUCCAGCCUCAAUGAAAAGAUCACUGAGAUACCAAAAGAUAAACACAAAGAUACAGAAAAAGAAACGGAACCAGGUGCACCCUCCCACACGAGGACCCACACAGAUGAGGAAAAAACCCCAAACCUCAUACAGAAACCCUUACCCCAAAGGGCAGAAAGAACAAAAAGCUCCACACCAGAAAAGGUGGCCAUUCUACAAACAGAACCACUCAGAGAUGUGGAGGAAAACCCCACAAGCACAAGAAUGGGGAAAAAACAGAGUGGCAUACCACAGGGGCCACCCGCACCAAAGAUACACAAACCAAAACCCACACUGGAUAAGCCACCCACAGCCAUGGAGGCCACCUCAGAGACAGGGAAGAUUUCCUCAAAGAGGAAACUACCAAUGGGCUCAAGGACAAGUAGGAGGAAGGCAGUGGCAAGAAGGAGGGUACGGCAGAUGGGGAUGGAACUAAUAGUAUCUGAAGUGCCCCUAACCAGAACCCAACUCUCUGUUCUUAGCAAAGGGAGAUCGUUUGUACCUGGUCCUCCCCCAAAGAAAGCCCUGCUGGAGAACCUAGGAAGCUCUAUGAAUAGAUUAAAAGAGCAAAUAAACAAAAAGUUUGCAGACUCUCUCUUGCCAAACCUUGAGGAAGAGGAGUCAAAUAGUAAGAAAAAGAGGAGGAAUAUACCCCAGCAGCUCCCGAUGAAACAGAGAGUAAACAUCCCUACCAAAAGAUUACCAGGUCUGGAAACAAUGGUUCAUUGUGAAACCAUGGAUGUAGCAGAAAACAUCCUGAAGGGCAGCUCCCCAAAUAUGAGCAAACAAGAGAAGCAGACCCUCAAAGAUUUAGCUCAAAACCCAGACUUGGUCAUCAAAAAAGCAGAUAAGGAUGGGGCCUUAGUGGUUCUGAAAAGAGAAAGCUACAUAGCAAUGGGAGAAGCACAUUUAUUAGAUAAAGAAACAUACAUACCAAUAGACAACCCAAAUGAAGCCCUACAGGCAAUUAAGAGAGAAAGCAAGAUCCUAGUAAACCGUUUUUAUACAUUAGAUAAUGCAGGGAAAGAUUGUAUGAACAGGAGGAGCUUCUUAGCAGGCCAAAGAGAUGCUUUACUUGAACAUGACCCAACAGUCCCACACUGGUACAUACUACCAAAAACCCACAAGAAAAAAGAUCCUGAUACAGGCCUAUGGCCAGGUAGACCUGUUUUGAGCGGCUGCAAUGCCCCCACCAGACCAGUGGAUAGACUGCUAACUACAUAUCUCACUCCCUUGUUGGAGCUCCUCCCAGAAAGACUGCAAGAUACCACAACCUUUUUACGGAGAAUAAGCACACUCCAAAGGUUUACACCAGGUUCUUUCCUUUUCUCAUUUGAUAUAGUAUCCUUAUACCCCUCCAUUCCACAGGAGGAAGCCUCUUGGGUUGUGGCAAAUUUCUAUGAAAAGAAUUUUGCAUUUGUCAAAGAAAAGCUUAAAAUGGAAUACAAUAUCAUAGCCCCACCUCCGUACUUAAUAAAAGAAGGAAUAGACCAUGUCUUACAAGGCACACUCCUAAGAUUUAACAAUCACUUCUAUAACCAAGGCAAAGGAACAGCAAUUGGAGCUUCAGUCUCAGUAGCCAUAGCUGAAAUCUUUGUACAUGCCAGCAUAGAAGAGAGAAGGAGAAAACUAGAAAAACAGCCAGCAAUUUUCUAUAGAUAUAUUGAUGAUAUCUUUGGGAUUUUCACUGGCACAGAGGCAGAACUCAUGGAAUACCACCAGGAGUUGAAUAAGAUACACCCAGACUUAAAAUUCACAUUGGAAUACAGUCAAAAGGAGCUGCCAUUCCUUGACACUAUGGUGUAUCUGGAUGCAGAAGGUAAAGUGCAAACCUCGGUGUAUCAUAAACCCUCAAACACACACCAGUAUCUGCACUUCCAAUCAUGCCAUCCUCCAAGCCUAAAAAGAUCCUUACCCUACUCUCAGGCACUGAGAAUCAAAAGAAUAGUAAGUGAGCCACAUAAAUUAGAAGAAGCACUAACAGACAUGGUUACUUUCUUCACAAAAAGAGGAUACUGUAAGAGAACACUAGGAUCUGCUUUAAACAGAAUAAAAGAGGUCAACAGGGAAACCCUCUUAGAAAGAAAAGUAAGAACAGAACAAAACCGCUUAAUUUUCCCCAUGCUAUAUUCCCCAUCCUUAGAAAGAGUCCUGAACUACUCUCUGAAAGAAAUAUGGGAAUGGGUAGUAGAAAAUGCUAAAGGAACCCCAUGGGAAAAGAAAUUUACGGCCUCACAUCCCAUGAUAGCUUGGAGAAAAGGCAAAACAAUAGCUGACCACCUGGUCAGAGCAGAAUUCCCCAGGCCUCUCAAAAAUAAGUAAAAUAUCAAUAAACAAUGAAGAAAACAUAAGAGAUAGACAUUAAGAUACAGUAAAAGGAAAAAGAAACCAACUAAGAAAAGAAUGUCAUAAAGUAAAAUAUACACAAACAGGAAAGGAUAUGGCAAGUUAGAGAAAUAGAAUAGAUUAAUGAUUAGGAGAUGCAUAUCUCUAUACAUAUCUCUCUAAUAAAAUAUAUA